ACAAUCUCAAUGGGUUGGAAAAGGAAAAAGUCCGGCGACAAAAAGAUGUCUGGGAAAACUCCUACCAACGGCGGCGACAAAUCCACGGGCAACACCAUCUACUCCGUCGGUGAAAAAGUCCUUGCUUAUCGCGGUCCUCGUAUCUACGAAGCCAAUGUUCUACGGGCUCGGAUUACGGAAAAAUGAGUGGGAUUACUUCGUCCAUUACAUUGGUUCGAGUGAAAGUUCUGAUGAAUGGGUUGGACUUGACCGAUUGAUGAAGUAUACUGAAAAGAACAUUGUGAAGCAGCAAGCUCUCGACAAAAAACAGGGUGUUAAAACGAAGUCUGGUUGCUCAACUCAAACGCAACCUGAAGUAUUAAAUGAUGCAAAAGGAAAGAAGAAGGUGGGUGAUUCGAGUAUGGAGGAGGAUGAGGGCUGUCAUGGACAAAAUAUGAUUGAUUUCAUCAGUCAAAUGCCGAAUGAUAUUCCUGUUAAGAUACUAUCUCCUUUGCCUUUAAAAACCGCGGUGAUGACCGGCAUUCUCUCCAAAAGAUGGAGGUUUGUGUGGCCUUAUCUGAAAAGACUGGACUUCGAUGAUCGCAAAGCUCUUAAUGAGAUAGAUGAGACACUCUGUGCUACACAGCAGCAGGCUAAGUACAUCAAUAAGGUGAACAGUGUCAUUCGAAGUCACCUGAACCCAACACUUCUGACGUUCGAGAUUGGUUUCGAUUUGGACAAAACAUAUAAAAAUGAUAUUGAUAGCUGGCUCCAGUUUGCCUUUGACAAGGAAGUCGAGUUUCUUGCACUGAAUUUACGUGGAAAGCUUCAAAACAUUCAUGAUACGAAGGAAAACUAUGAUUUACCGCUACCUUUAUCAGAUGGAAGCAUGGUACGCCUUUCAGAAUGGCCGUCUUCUAGUUCCAUGGUUGUAAAGACUCUGUCUCUUGUAAAGCUCGUGCUUCUGUGUGUCAACGUAAGUGAAUUGGUCCUAACUGAAUUGCUAAAGAAUUCUCCACGUCUUGAAAAGUUGAGCAUCUUUGGAUUUGGGUUGACUGAUGUUGAUCUUGGUGGAGGGGACAUUAACUUGAAAGACUUGAAGUUAAUGUACUGUUCUGAGCUUGAGUCCAUUUCUUUACAUGAUUUCGAUCUUGAAACGUUUGUGUAUCUCGGUCGAGAUAUAGACAUACGUCUUACAAACCUUUGAAAGAUUAAGGAACUUGAUAUUGGCCAAGUAAGCGUGGGCUUGAAUAGUAAGGUGUUCAGUGCGAUUGCAAGUGUUGCUUCUACCCUUGAGGUUCUUUCCUUGGAUAUAUCUCGUCAAAUGGAAGAUAUUGAGAGGGAUGCUGAGGGAUUUCCAGUACUACCAAAUGUUAAGAUAUUGAACUUGACAUUGCCAACAGAAGUUGAUGACAAUAUAACAGAGUUCAUUGAACUAGCAAAGAAGUGCCCAAAUCUGGAAAUUUUUAAAAUAUGGCUAUAUUGGAGUGCACCGAUUACAGAGAACAAAGCUUGGUAUACUUCAUUUGGUUACCACUUUAAGCAUAUCGAGAUCGCUGGUUAUCGUGGUCUAAUUAGUGACUUUAAGCUUGCUAUGUACAUGCUAGGCAAUGCCUCUAAAAUUGUAAUAGAUCCUUCUGUCCAUCCUUAUGAUUUAGAUGUAUUGACUGAAAGCCGGGCUAUGAAGCUAGAGGAGGCUGGUCGGUCCCAUGCCAUAUCCGAGCUAUCACGUUGUGUUUUUCCACAGGUGGAGUUGGUCAUACUCUAAUUCACGAUCGAGAUGAUGUUGGCUUGUUGCGUGAUGUACCACUUGUUAGCCCUAAUUUCUCCUGCUUUGGAAACUUUCUAGUUAUUAUUAGCUACUUCUAUGGAAGGUUUGUUCAUGCUUUUGGAUCAUUUCUGGAGAUUUAUUAGUUUGUAGUGUGUUACUCGAGUAGCUUUAAAAGAUUCUGAUGUAGUUAUCCUUAGCUUCUGGUAGUUAUGUUAUGACUUAUGAGGAUCAUUGAUAUAAUUUUCUUUUGUUUCCUUUA